AUGUUUCGGGAUUUUAAAUCUAAAGAGUUGGAUGAAGUUUUAAAGUAUUACUUGCAUGGUAAUCAUGGUAUGGAUAAAGAGAGGAGACCUAUUUAUAUAAAAAAGUUGACAAAAAUUGAGCCUAACGAACUCAUGCAUGCUACAACUAUGGAUCGGUUUGUGAGAUACCAUGUGUGGGAGUUGGAGAAAAGCUUUGCAAUAAAGACGGAUGUAUCCUCGUUGCAACAGCGAAGGUUUCUUUCAUGCGUUUUUCGCCUCUUUAGUCCCGUUUUGUCGACGUUGCCUUCUGUCAAGACCCCAUCAAAUCUCUCUCACAAAUUUAAAAACGUGAUUAAAAACUGA